GACGUCGUUUCAAAAAACUAACAAAAACCAAACAAAAAGCAUUUUCUUCUGGAACAUUCUCUCACAGAAGUUGGACAGCUUGCUGUGGGUGUGCGUCUGCAUAGAUGGCCACUCCACUCUUCCCACAGGUGGGCAGGAGAUAGCCACAGGGAGGACCAAGAUGCUCUUUAAAAGGAUUUGGAGUCUGCUAUAGCACAGAGGUAAUGGGGUAAUUAGAGCCCCAAAGUUCUACAUCAUAGGGCAAGCUGUUGACAUUUCACCUUAUAGAAAAGUUAAAGCAUGCCACAGAAUGCUUUCCUUGGCAGUUAGAAUUAUUACUCAGGUACCCAUUAGAUAAUUGAACUUUGAGCAAAUUAACUUCCUCAUGUACCCCCGCUUAGGCAAAUGAUUUCCCAUGUGUGCCCCUUGCUGAGUGAGGGGAUGUGUGUAAAGUUGUUCUCCAUGAGUCAGUUACACAUGAUGACUUUGAACUAAAAUGCUUGAUUUGAGCCAUUUUCUAAAGCUCCUUCUAGUUGAUGGUCAUGAACCAUAUUGUCAUCCUCUAGCGUAAUGCUUGACUUACUAUUUUUAUGUGUCAAAGAUGAUCAGUAAAAGCCACACUCUUAGAUGUUACUGAAUGGAGUUCUUCCCCAGACGAACAAGAGAGUUAGUAGUGUCAGCAGUAGACUUGCCAUGUCUAAGGCCUGCCCACUUCUCAGGUGUCAUUUGCCCUAAGAAGGAUGGGUUUACAAUAAUCAAGUAGGAAUCAGCAAAUGGUUUAGAUGGAAUACCUGAGAAUAGGUCCAUCUGUCUAUAAUUUGGAGCAGUAAAGAGUUCCCAUUUUUAAAAGUGAGAACGAUCUGCCCUGGCCCCAACCCCAGAUUCAGGGCCACACAGGUGCUAAAGUGCAGUGAUUUGGCAGUGAUCCGAGCCAGUGCUUACGGUUCUGGGGUCAGGGAACCUUCUGUAUAUGGAACCUUCAUAUAUUUUUUAGCUCUUAGUCAGUGUAUGAUAGGAGGUAACAUUUUUGGGCUUCUGUCAAAAUGUACAAAAUUCCGGGACUUAAUCUUAGUUUGUGGAGGGGUACAGGAAAUCUCCUAUGCGGGAUUUCAUCUGUAGACUCUCCCUUCUUUUCUGCCUUGGGAACUGACAGCAUUUCCUUUCACCACCAAAAGCGCUAGCCAGAUCUGGGCCUCCCAUGUAGAUUUAUGACAGUGGGAAUUUUGAGGCUUUAGGACGUUUGUAAAUAAGCUUUACUGUUAUGAGCUCCUAAUGGCCACUUCUACUUUGCCUAGGAUAUCCAAUAUAAAAAUGAAAGUUAGUGUAGAUUACUAUAUGUUUUUUGAUAUUAAACACUAUCUUUCAUAGAAAUAUAGGUAAAAGAUCUUCUAGAUGUAUUCCAGAGGCCAGGUUUUGUUCAUAUUUAUGUUUAGAGAGAAAUUUUCACUUAUUAGUACGUAAGUUUUUGGAAGGAUAACCAUGUAGAAGAAAAUCCUCCUGUUAGUAAUUGAUUCUAGGAGGAGUUCUGGCCCACAGGAAUGAUUAACUCCAUGAUGGGGUGCACAAAAUCAGUAAAAUUAGUUCUUAACACCAGAACCAACUGUAUGAGCAGACAGUGUCCUCCUGGGAGGGGAGAUAAAUUGGGACUCAUCAAAUCCAACUUGCCGGGAAACUGAUGGGAGACUUGAGGCAGGAAUUCCCACCUUGAGCCAGGAGCUCCCAGUAGUCCUGUAUUGACUUGGCUGAAUUAUUUUUCCUCCCAGCUAAGAGAGGAAAAGUGAAGAAUGAUGAAUUGGAGGCAUGACUACUCUAGGCCUCAUAUGGUCAUAUAAUCCCUGUGCCUGCCAGAAAGCUGUCAUCUGAGCAUCUUUUCAAUGUUCAUCUGCCUGUUCCAGGAACAGAAGCUUAGGCAUGGAGGGAGAAACUUCUGGAAGUUGGUGGGACAUUAAUCCAGCUGCUGAGGUUACUAUGGUGACUGUGCUCCAGCCAGAACCUUGGCUCACAGGGAACAGCUGGAUCUGACUUACCCGGCUGAGCUCAACAGGUACAGGAAGAGGGCUGAUGAGCCAAACAUCCCUGCAGGAGGGACAGAUGAUUAUUUCAUUGCCAGAGAGUUGCCUGCUCACCACUGACACAGUGAUUCGAAGCUACCUAGGGGCGUACAUUACUAAGUGGAAGCCUCCUCCAUCUCCUCUGCUGGCUCUGUGCACCUUUUUAGUUUCAGAAAAGCAUGCUGGGGACCGAUCUCUUUGGAAGCCUUACCUGGAGAUUUUACCCAAGGCCUAUACCUGCCCUGUUUGUUUGGAGCCGGAAGUGGUGAACCUUCUUCCCAAAUCUUUAAAAGCAAAGGCUGAAGAGCAGAGAGCCCAUGUGCAGGAGUUCUUUGCUUCCUCCAGAGACUUUUUCUCUUCUCUGCAGCCUCUGUUUGCUGAGGCUGUUGACAGCAUCUUCAGCUACAGUGCCCUGCUGUGGGCUUGGUGCACUGUCAACACCAGAGCCGUGUACCUGAGGCCCAGGCAGCGGGAAUGCCUCUCUGCAGAGCCGGACACCUGUGCACUUGCUCCGUACCUGGACCUGCUGAAUCAUAGCCCACAUGUCCAGGUAAAAGCAGCAUUUAAUGAAGAAACUCACUGUUACGAAAUUAGAACGACUUCACGUUGGAGAAAACAUGAAGAGGUGUUCAUCUGUUACGGCCCUCACGAUAAUCAACGGCUGUUCCUGGAAUAUGGAUUUGUUUCCGCACACAAUCCUCAUGCUUGUGUUUAUGUCCCGAGAGAAAUACUUGUUAAAUAUCUUCCAUCAGCAGAUAAACAAAUGGACAAAAAGAUUUCCAUCUUAAAGGAUCAUGGCUAUAUAGAAAAUUUGACAUUCGGAUGGGAUGGACCAUCUUGGAGGUUACUCACAGCCCUUAAGUUGUUAAGUCUGGAAGCUGAAAAAUUUAUGUGCUGGAGAAAAGUACUUCUUGGGGAAGUAAUUUCAGAUACGAAUGAGAAGACAAGUUUGGAUAUAGCCCAGAAAAUAUGCUAUUAUUUCAUAGAAGAGACUACUGCUAUGCUUCAAAAGGUGUCUCGUACAAAGGAUGAAAAAGAGGCUCUGAUAAACCAGCUAACUCUGGUGGAAUCCCUGUGGACGGAAGAGCUAAAGAUUCUCAGGGCAUCUGCCGAGACUCUGCAUAGUUUGCAAACAGCUUUUACCUGACUUCACCGAAGCGUGUUUGGUCACCUCCUCUGAAACAGAAGUUAAUUUGAAGACAGCCAUCAAGGGCUGGGGUGGUGGCCGCCCCCAGGACAUGCAGGAGUCUGCAGGGGCAGCACAGGCUCUGGGAUUGUGGGGCAGAGUGCAGGUGGACCAGCUGUCUGCAUGGCACCUCUAAUGCUCUUCAGAAGAAAGUGCUGAGCUGUGAGGAGAGAGGCGGACUGCAAGGGAGCCAGCAGCCAGCCGCACUCCGUGUGUGUGAUCUGUCACCAUGGGGCCUGCUUCUUAUCUGACACAGCAGCCAUCAGAGUCAAGCGGUCGUGCUUUUAAGAUGCUCUGAUACCAUUGGGUUAAGGGGCAGGUUGGUGGGGGGUGGCUUUGGGCUGUGCGGAUGGGGCAGUGGGAGGCAGUUCUGGGUCCCUGACAAGGUGGCCCAGCCUCCAGCCCUUUCCUGUGUAGACUCACUGGUAGGUGUUGAAGAGCCCUCCAAGGGGACACAGGGAUUCCAGGAGGAGGGAGUUUCCCCCAAACAUGCUCCUGGCCUUUCAAAUGCCCAAGGCAGGGGCUUGUCUAAUUAUUAACUUGGGAAGAAUGGCCGGCUCAGCCCUCGGCUCU